AGGAGUUGGAAGAAGAGGAGGAUCUGGUGAUGGUAUAUAAAGGGGCUGGAGGAACAACAGGACAGACAGAGACUUUUGAUCCCUCAGAGGAUUCUUCGCCACUCGUGACAAGAACUGUGUAGCGAGCGAAAUGAUGGUGCCCCGCGGUGUCCAAGUGAUGGUGGCGACGGUGAUGGCCCUGGCGUUGACGGGGGCAUGGGCGCAGUUACCCUCGGAGUUGGAUAAAUACUCUUACAUGAAGGUGAUGAUGUCGUGUCUGGGGAGCCGGGCUGUGAUCGAGUGGAGGCGACAGAUGAUGACGGCGACGGAAAAGUGUACUGGGGGACCGCUGGCCGUCCCCCCCACCCUCGACCUCACGCAGUACCUGGAGAAGCUGGGAGUCACCACGCCCGUCACGCCCACCUUCAUCCAGUUCCCGGUGUACCAGGCCCCCGCCCCAGCCAGGUCCCCGCAGUAUACUCACGUGGUGCCCCAGUACACGCAGGUCGGCCAGCUCUACCAGCCCUACCAGUACAACACCCCGUACCAGGUCUACCAGCCCAACCAGUACAGCCUCGCCAGCCAGUACCUGAAGGGCUUCCUCGGCUUCAGAGCGAGGCGCGGCUCGGGGGGUGAGGCGGAGGAUGCCCAGCUGAAGGAGGCGCUGACGGCGAGGAUGAGCAACAUUACCUGCAUCCUGAGGGAGGUGAAGAUGCUGGACGCCAACGACCAAGUGAACUACGACCACGUGCGGCAGGAGAUCCUCGGCCUGGUGGCGGGGGAGCUGAGGGAAGAGUUGAGCAGCGCCGAGGGCUCCUGCCGCGCCUUCUCCCGGUGCCUGCCGCCCCCCGGACCCGCCGCCCACCCGGUAGCCCGCCACCUGGGCCAGGCCGUGGUGUACUACAGGUGCCUGGGGCAGAAGAUGUUGUCGGGGUGCAUGCGAAACGAUCUGCGCAAACUGGGCUCGGAGAUCGGCUGGCUGAGUGGAGACAUGCCCCUUGCUAGCUUGCUCGAGACGCCCAUCCUGCAGCAAGUUGAGGACAUCAUGCUAGGACCCUCCGGCAUCCCUGACCUCCUGCUGUAGAUGACCCUCCACCCCCCCCCCUCCUCUCCCACUUAUCCUUCUUCCUUCUCUUUGUCUCUUUAAAUCUCUUCUCUCUUCAAGUUUCUUCAACUCUUCCUCUCUUCCAGUUUCUCUCUUCCUCUCUUCCACUUCUCCCCCAUUCCCAUUUUUUUUGUCAAUCUAUAUCUAUCUAUCUAUCUAUCUAUCUAUCUAUCUAUCAGUCUAUCUAUCUAUUUAUCUAUCUAGUCUAUUCCUCUCUUCCAGUCCCCCCCCAUUCCCAUUUUUUUUCUUUGUCAAUCUAUAUCUAUCUAUCUGUCUAUCUGUCUAUCUAUCUAUUUAUCUAUCUAUUCUAUUCCUCUCUUCCAGUCCUCCCCAUUCCCAUUUUUUCUUCGUCAAUCUAUAUCUAUCUAUCUAUUUAUCUAUCUGUCUAUCUAUCUAUUUAUCUAUCUGUAUCUAUUUAUCUGUAUCUAUCUAUCUAUCUAUCUGUCUAUCCAUCUAUCUCUCCCAAAGUGCAGGUGAGAGCAAGGUGUAGCCAGGUAAAGUAGUUGUUUCAGUGUACACCUGAGUCUGCCGAAUAUUUAGUGAGUCUGCGUGAGUAUUUAGUGUCUGCUUGUGUGCGUCAGGAAAACUUAUAAGUGUCUAGCUAGGCCUUUAGGGAGUCAGUUGCCUUGAAAGGGAAUCCUGUUGUUGACAUUUCAAUAGUAAAAAUCGUACUCUUGUAUGUGUGUGUGUGUGUGUGUGUGUGUGUGUGUGUGUGUGUGUGUGUGUGUGUGUGUGUGUGUGUGUGUGUGUGUGUGUGUGAGUGCAGGCGCGCACGCACGUAUUGCCAUUUUGCUAUACCUUGUUCUUUUCUAAUACGUCAAAGAUUUGCCAGAAUAAGCUGAGCGAUGUUUAUUAAUACCCUUCUGGAGGAGUACCUUUAAACCUGUUGUUCCUACCAGUAGUAACGGAGCUCAUUUGCCUGGAUUUUCCCCACUCUUUCAAGUCUUUCAAGUCUAAAAGCAAGAGUAUUAAAGACAUAUAACUGGAAAAAGGAAAUCAGGUUAUUGGGCUUGUAUAGCUUGUUGUGUUGAAAGUGAGAGAAGUUGAUAACGUGAACCAGCAGCCUGCAAUGAUCCGUGGUGAUGUUGUGUUUAAUAGUAUGUUUUGCGAUCCUGUCUUAGUCUGACUACACACACACACACACACACUUGUUCACGCACGCACGCACGGACGCACGCAAGCACACACACACACACACACACACACACACACACACACACUCACACACAGUUGUACACGCUCUCACGCAAGCACGGACGCACUCAAGCACACGCAUACACAUACACACACGCACACACGUAAGCACACACACACACACACACACACACACACACACACACACACACACACACACAUGCACUCACGCACACAUAUACACAUACGCACAAUCGCACGUACAUACAUACCCAUGCGCACAUAUGCACACACGCACGAAUGCACUCACUCACCCACGUUCGCCCACACACACACACACACACACACA